AUGCAGAGCAGAACCGUAGCUCGAACAGCGAUUUUGCAAAAUCCUCGUCGAGCACGUCAAUUACAGAGUUACUCAAACUUUAUGUUGAUAGCUAAGAGUAUUGGAAAGAAUAUAGCAAGCACAUAUGCUAAACUAGAAAAGCUUGCAUUAGUGGCAAAAAGAAAAUCUAUAUUCAAUGACAGACAAAUGGAAAUUGAAGAAUUAACAAAUAUUAUAAAAACAGAUUUGAAAAGUUUGAAUCAUCAAAUAGGAAAACUACAAGAACUUAGUAAAAAGCAACGGGAAGGAUAUGGUGCUUCUCAGAGUCAUCACAUGGCCUCGCAUUCAUCAUCAAUUGUUAUGGCCUUACAAUCAAAGUUAGCAAAUAUGUCAAAUCAUUUUAAAACUGUACUCGAAGUAAGGUCAGAGAAUAUGAGAGAAGAACAAAGUAGAAGACAACAAUUCACUCAAGGAUCUGUAUCUACCAUGUUACCUCCAAGUGUAACUGGAAAACAAGGUUCAUUGUUGCUGCAAGAAGAAAAUUCGCCUUCUUCUGUAGCUAUAGAUUUGGAACCAGCAAUGGGACAAUUAACAAUGCAACAAGCAAUUCAAGAUGAUAAUGAUACAUAUGUCCAAUCAAGAGCAGAAGCAAUGCAAAGCAUUGAAUCAACUAUAGUUGAACUCGGUGGAAUUUUUCAACAAUUAGCACACAUGGUCAAGGAACAAGAAGAAAUGGUAGAAAGGAUAGAUAGCAAUAUAGAAGAUACAGAAUUGAAUGUGGAAGCGGCACAUGCAGAAAUUUUAAAAUAUUUCCAAUCUGUAACUAAUAACAGGUGGUUAAUGAUAAAAAUUUUCGCGGUUCUUAUAUUUUUCUUCAUAUUUUUUGUAGUAUUUUUGGCAUAAAACAAUUAUUACAUUAUUAUUAUGUAUGUAUAUUUCUUUAUGCAACUUUGUAGUUGACCAUCCAUAUCCAUUACAUGUGAUAUAAGAUGAUCGAAGAACAAGACGAAUUUUUAUAAAAUUACGACUCAUUAGUCAUAGAAUUAUAAUAUAAUUAUUGCAUUCCUCUUUGUUGAAUUGUGAAUACUGUAAGUAUUAAUUAUUAAAAGAUUCAUCAAUGUAGACAAAAUUCUACAUUGUUGUUUAUAAAAUGUAAAAAGAAAGCUAUGGGUAAUAAAUGUAUAAUUUUCAAUGCUUGAUAAUUUUUGGUAUAUGUAUGUACGUGCGUAGCAACUGAAGGUCAUAAAAGUUAUGAAACAUAACAUAAUAAUAAAUUACAAUUUAUUUCAAUUUCUUUAAAAUCUUAUAUAACAAUUGUAUUUAAUCUAAAUUCAUAUUACAAUUUAUUUCUUGUCUGAAUGAUUUACGAAGAUAAACGAAGAUUUACAUAAUUACAUGUAUAAAGAAACAUUUUUACAAUUUGUCCUAUACUUCAGUACGUUUCUAAAGAAUAUAUAUGUACAAUUUGCUUUUUCUCCCUUAUUUAUAUAACAAUGAUGGCUAACAGAUGUAUUUCUGAUAGCAAUACAUGUUUAUCACAUUUGAUAAAUCAAAAUGCAUGAUUUUUUAUUUCAUGAAGUAGUAAAUGCUAGUUGAUCUAUUAGCCUUAACAUAUCAUUGUUAUUUAUUUAUUGAAAUUUUGUUUAAUAACUAAAUAUAUUUUAUAGCUACAAUGACAAGUUUAACGCAUAUACGAAGAUAUUUCAUAACAAAAGACUCAGACUUUGCUGUUAUGGUGUGAUUUGUCCAGUGAUUCUCCUGAAGAAUGUAAGGAACCUGAGAACAAUAGUAAAUUGUAAAUAACAUGUUUUACUACUAGCAAUUUGUUUUAAUUUAAAAAAAAAGAAUAUGAAAAAUGCAAUAUAAAAAAUAAAAAUAAGAAGGAAGAUAGAGUUACUUGA